AGAUGUCGGCGGCGUUGCCCGGGGAGGACGCCUUUCGCAAGCUCUUCCGCUUCUACCGGCGGGGCGGCCCGGGGGGCUCCCACCUCGGCGCCGUCAUCGACUUCUCCGCCGCUCCGCCGGGACGCAAGGUAUUCAAGUCUCGGCUAAGCGAAUCCUCGGUCAGCGAGCAAGAUGCCCAUCGAGCAGGCCUGCAGCCAGUCAGUCAGUGGCAAGCCUAUGGCCUGGAAGGCUACCCGGGGUUCAUCUUUAUCCCCAACCCCUUCCUCCCCGGUUACCAGCGGCAUUGGGUGAAGCAGUGCCUGAAGCUGUAUUCUCAGAAGCCUAACGUGUGUAACCUGGACCGGCACCUGUCUGCCCAAGAGACCGGUAAUGUGUGGGCACAGAGCCAAGAGCACUUGAGGACUAAAGAUGUGAACAAACGGGAACCCCGGAGUUUACUGGAGAAACUGCGCUGGGUCACCCUGGGUUACCACUACAACUGGGACAGUAAGGAAUACUCCGCAGAUCACUACAGCCCCUUCCCUUCAGACCUGGCAUUCCUCUCAGAGCAAGUGGCUGCUGCGUGUGGUUUUCGGGACUUCCGAGCCGAAGCGGGAAUCCUGAAUUACUAUCGCUUAGACUCCACUCUGGGGAUCCACGUGGACAGAUCUGAGCUCGAUCACUCCAGACCUCUCCUGUCGUUCAGCUUCGGGCAAUCGGCCAUCUUCCUACUGGGUGGCCUGAAAAGGGACGAAGCCCCCACCGCCAUGUUCGUGCACAGUGGGGAUAUCAUGGUCAUGUCAGGUUUCAGCCGCCUCUUGAACCACGCCGUGCCCCGGGUCCUUCCCAACCUCGAGGGCACCAUCUUGCCCCGCUGCCUGGACACUCCGCUCCCAGAAGCCCUCCCGGCGGGGUCAGUGGCGGAGUCCUGCUCAGAGGACGACUGGCAGGUCUGCGCCAGCUAUCUACGGACGGCCCGCGUCAACGUGACCGUCCGGCAGGUGCUGGCUGCCGGCCGGGGCUUCCCGGCGAGAUCUCGGCUGGACGAGGGGACGGACCACCCCGGGGAGGCCUCUUGCCGCCUGGACGAUGAAAGCGGCCAGGUCAAACGACCCAAGCGGGCCAUCGACGGCUGAGGUCCACCAACCGCCCCGGCCGUCUCCGGGGGCGGGUCCGCCCGGCUGUGACCGUGCCCACCCGGGAGGAGCCCGGCGGCCUUUCACCUGGCAGAGGCCGGCGGCAGGAAGAGAAGAAGGAAGGGAGAGAGCCACCACCGAUGGAGGGCGAGACGCGAGACCCCGCCUGGCCGCAGGGGCGUCGGAUCGGUCUCGUCACCAGCGCGGGUCAGCGGGCGGGAGGUCCGGCCUGCCUCCUCUCCGGCUCGCCUCGGUUCUGCUCGCCGGCACCUGAGAUGGGAUGCAGGUAAAGGCAUUUUUUUUUACAAGGCUAUUUCGAGCCCCUCGUGGUCUGCACUCUGCCUGUCCCUCCGUGAACGACAAUGGUGAUUGUAAUAAUACUGACGGUAGUAAUAGUGGUAUUUGUUUAGAGCUCUCCGUGGUGCCAAGCCCCGGGAUAGGUCUUCGGGAGCGGACACACUCCCUAUCCCACGUGGGGCUCACAGCCUGUUGUGGUACACACGAGCUCGUGGGUCUGUGCAAUUUUAAAUACCUCAGGUUUUGAUGCCAAUCCGUCGGAAGCAGAUUCCCCUUCUCCCCUUCUGCCCGCCGCCCUUUUAUCUGGGGAUAAAAUAAUCUCCUCUUGUCCCCGUGUGCACUCUGUGACCAUCGCUCAACCCCCUCUGGAGGCCUGUCCCGGUCCAUCAAGAAAGAGGAGCACAUACCCCGAGAUGGGGAAACUAUAAACCCCGUCCUCCAAAACCUAAUUUAAUAAGUGGCUGUCUUCCCCCUCUCCCCCUCCUCCUCGCUCUCUCCCCCGAAGGUGAAUAUUUUUAAACCGAGUCAAGAAAUCGACAGCUCUUUUUCCACAUCCCUCUAAGACUCCCUCCCCUCCCCUUGGCUUUUUAAUGCAAUUUUAAUCGUCGGCCCGAAACGCCAAGUCCCAGGGGUAUUCUGUCACUGUUUUCCUCGUGAAUAAACUCACUCUGUUUUAAAUUAAAGAUCAGUAUCUGUCUUGGA